AUUCAAAUUUCUCGGGGUCUCUCUCCUCCCCUUCUCCCAACAACACCACCCAAAAUCCGCUGCUCUCCCUUCGAUCCUCUUCCUCCUCCUCCCGCCGGCGAUCGCGCUCGGUGAUGAAGCUUAAGAUCAACAAGGCGUGCGACCUCGGCUCCAUCUCCGUCCUCCCUCCCCGGAGGACAGGAGGGAGCGGCGGCGGCGGCGGCGGCGGCGGCGGGAUGGCCGCGUCUGCUUCCGCGGCGGCGUCGCAGCAGCAGCAGCGGUCCCAGACCAUGUCGCAGCAGUCCUUCUCGCAGAGCGUCGGCGCGUCCUUCUCGCAGGGCGGAGGCGCGUCGUUCUCGCAGGGCGGAGGCGCGUCGUUCUCGCAGGGUGUAGGCGGCGGAAGCGCGUCCUUCUCUCAGCGAGGCGGAGGCGCGUCCUUCUCGCAGGGCGGAGGCGCUUCGUUCUCCCAGGGUGUAGGCGGCGGAAGCGCGCCCUUCUCUCAGGGCGGCAGCGGUGGCGGCGGCGGCGGAGGAGGAGGCGCGUCGUUCUCUCAGGGUGGGGGCGGCAGCGGAGGCGCGUCGUUCUCUCAGGCUGGUGGCGGCGCGGCGCUCUUGCACUCGCAGUCGCAGCUCUCGCAGGCCUCUCUCGACGAGAACCUCCUCAGCCUCCACCAUCCCUCCCCCGCGCGCGAUCAGAGAUUUGGUUUGCACGAUGACUCGUCGAAGAGGAUGCCUUCAUUUCCUGCCAAUUCAGCUUCAUGUGUGCGAGAUGAAUCUCAGCUGCAACUGGCAAAAGUACCAAGCAACUCUAUUCACCGGUGGAACCCCUCUCUUCCAGAUAGCAGAUGUCAGGUUUCUAAUGAGGAUGUUGAGCGCAAAUUUCAGCAUUUGGCAAGUUCAGUACAUAAGAUGGGAAUGGUAUUAGAUUCGGUGCAAAAUGAUGUUAUGCAAACAAACAGAGCCAUGAAGGAGGCAUUACUAGACUCUGGUAGCAUACAGAAAAAGAUUGGACUCCUAGAGAACUCUGUUCAGCAAAUUCUUAAGGGUCAAGAUGGUCUCAAAGCACUCCUCGAAGGCUGCUCAAAGAGAGAAGAUGAUCUCAAAGCACUCGUUGAAGGCAUCACAAAGGGACAAGAUGAUCUCAGAGCACUCCUUGAAGGCAGCACAAAAAGCAAUUCUGACGAGCUGAGUGUUUUGAACUCUCACACCAGCAAACUGAAUGAGAUAUCCACAGUACUUUCGAUCUUGCCAAAGCAAGUUCAAGCAGAUUUAAGUCAACUGAAGGGUGACAUCUUCAGGAUUUUUACAAAGGAGAUGGAGGGGAUUGUUAGAGCUAUCAGAUCUCUCAAUGGUAGGCCUGUUAUGAUGCAAACACUGGCAGACCAGAGCUGCACAGUCAAUGGAAAACCUGAGAUGAACCAAACACCAGUAGCAAAUGGAAGCCCCCCGAUGAACCAAAGACCAGUAGCAGAUGGAAGGCCACAGAUGAAGCAAACACCAGUAGCAAAUGGAAGGCCCCAUGUGAACCAAACACCAGUAGCAAAUGGAAGCCCCCUGAUGAACCAAAGACCAGUAGCAAAUGGAAGGCGACAGAUGAAACAAACACCAGUUGCAAAUGGAAGGCCACAGAUGAACCAAAUACCAGAAGCAAAUGGAAGACUUGUGGUAAACCAAAUACCAGUAACAAAAGUCCUUCCUGCACCUUUGGUUAAUCAAAGGAAGGUGGGACAACUGAAACCAAAGGUAGAACAGGGAAAGGUAAAAGCAUUUGCACAAAAAUUGGUUGGCCCAGGCUACUGCAGGCUGGCACCUAAGCAGGAAGAGGCGCCAAUUCAGAAGAUCAAUCUGCAAGUACCAAUUAAGAAGGCACCGGUCAGCAUAACCAUCGACUCGGACGACGACAGCGCUUCCUGCAUAAUUCUGAACACGGGAACAGGUGCAAAUGUGGGUGAGUUGCCGAGGGAGGAGGCGACGAGCGAGGAGGCGCUGCAGAUCCUGAGGAGGGCGAGGAAGAGGAGGAGGAGGGAGAUGCACUCCAUCGUGCUCAUCUAAUCUGAUCUAAUCUAAGAGGAGAGUAUAGUGUUUAAUGUUUUAACAGAAACGGAGAAAGAGUGUUAAGGUUAACAGGAAGGAAGGAAGAUGAGGAUGGAUUUAACUAGAUUGGAUUGUUUGUGUUGGCUUGGCUCCACCCACGCAUGGGUCAAGAUGAUCAUGUAUAGAAGUAUAGAAAGAACUUACAUAUAUAUAGGUUCGUGUGUUAAAGAGAAAGAACCGAAGAAGGCAUAGGUAAUCAACACAUAUUACAUCGGCGUCUUUCAGUUGCUCUACUAAAAUGCUUCCACUUUCUGAG